AUGUCACUGCUGAACUCUGGCUCGCCCCACCGAGGGGAGAGGCUGACCCCUCCGGAGCCAAAUCCACCAGUCAUCUCAGACAGCAACCCAGGUCACGUGCCAGAGGAGGACCCUGAGGAAACCUCUGCUCAGGAUCCUGAAGUCCUGAGCUUGGGGAACCCUGGCCUGGACACCAACCAAGCCCCCAGCUGGCCUGGACUCCGGACCCUCCUGCAGCAGCUCCCUCCGCAGGACAGCGAUGAGCGCUAUUGCCUGGCCCCUGGGGAAGAGGAGCUGGCUGAGCUGCGGCUCUUCUGUGCCCAGCGGAGGCGGGAGGCCCUGGGACAGGGGGUGGCCCGCCUAGUACCUCCCAAGCUUGAAGAAUGCACCUGUGAAAAGUGCAGGGAGCAGCUGAGGCCAGGCGAGUACGGAGUGUUCACAGCUCGGGCAGGAGAGCAGCACUGCUGGCACCGGGCUUGCUUUGCCUGCCGGGCCUGUGGCCAGGCCCUGAUAAACCUCAUCUACUUCUACCACGAUGGGCGUCUCUACUGCGGCCGUCAUCACGCAGAGCUGCUGCGGCCGCGCUGCCCGGCUUGUGACCAGCUGAUCUUCUCCCGCCGCUGCACCGAGGCCGAGGGACGGCGCUGGCACGAGAACCACUUCUGCUGCCAGGACUGCGCCGGGCCCUUGGGCGGGGGACGUUAUGCCCUGCUGGGCGGCGGCCCCUGCUGCCCCAGCUGCUUUGAGAGACGCUAUUCGGAUGCCGGCUCGAGUCCGGCCCCGACAGUGGAAGGCAGGGCGUCCCCGGGGGAGGCGGAGCUCGGCGGAUUUGAAGAUGGGCGCCGCGCCCCGCGGAAUGCCGCGAUCAUCUCCCGGGCAGCCCCUCUCGCUACUGCCGCCAGCUCCAGUAUGGAAACCCAGAGGGGGAUGCUUGGAUCCAGCCCGGAGCAGGAGUGUAGAACUGGGGACCAGGCGGAGACACCCAAAGGGCAAGAGCAGGGCUGCCUAGAGACUCCCCUUGAUCUCAAGGAGGACGCUUCCUGCCCCACCUGCUCCUCUUCCUCUGAAUCGGAACCCGAAGGCUUUUUCUUAGGCCAGCGCCUUCCCCGGCCCUGGGAGGCCCCCGGCAAUCUCCAAGCCGGGGACAGCGACACCUCCAGGAAGCAUUGCACUAUUUGCUAG